GUGCCAUACGGGACAUUGACCGUGCUAGCUGACCGAAAUAAAGAGUGUUUUAGUUCUCUUCUUCUUAUUCAACAUCCUCUUAUUGCACUCCAGAAUACAUGCAGCCCUGUUAUCAGCACAAUUUCUCAACCCAUACAAUUGUUUUAGCUGCUGUGUCCAGUUUGAGAAACAGACAGUCUAGUCGCUGGCAAAGUUGUUGUGUGAAGGGGUGAAGAUGUGUUUUUGUGUUCAGAAAAUCAACCGUGCUUAUUUUAUGGCUGUAAGUUGGUUUGUGAUCCUAUAAAAAGUGUGUUGUGAGAAAGUGCACAUAAGAACAUUUUGUAUUUUUAUUUAUCUAAUAUGAAUGAAUUAAUAUGAACCCUAACUUCCUGUCCACACCCCAGUUCAACCAUAACCCUAACUUCCUGUCCACAUCCCAGUUCAACCCUAACCCUAACUUCCUGUCCACAUCACAGUUCAAUCCUAACCCUAACUUCCUGUCCACAUCCCAGCUCAACCCUAACACCAACUUCAUGUCCACAUCCCAGCUCAACCCUAACACCAACUUCCUGUCCACAUCCCAGCUCAACCCUAACACCAACUUCCUGUCCACAUUCCAGCUCAACCCUAACACCAACUUCCUGUCCACAUCCCAGCUCAACCCUAACACCAACUUCCUGUCCACAUCCCAGCUCAACCCUAACACCAACUUCAUGUCCACAUCCCAGCUCAACCCUAACACCAACUUCCUGUCCACAUCCCAGCUCAACCAUAACCCAAGCUAUAGCCCCUAACCCUACCCACUGUGCACAGAUUCAAAGUCUAUUCCAAGUUGGUUCAACAUUUCAUUUUAAUGACGUGGAACCAACGCUGAUUCAACCAGUGUGUGCCCAGUGUGUGCCCAGCUCAACUCUAACACUACCCCUAUAAUACCACUCUGAGAGAAUGCCUUGUCUGCACUCAAUCAGUCAUCCAUUACAUUUAGGAAAUGAGCUUCAUUCAAUACAUGGUUUCAAUCCUUCUGUU